AUGGAAAACAUUUCUCAUUCACUUCCCAAGAGGAAUUUUGCCGGAACCGGCGACAUUUCUAACAAGUCAGUGUACGACGAUGUUUUUGGGGGCCCACCGAAGUUCGGACUACCCACACUGGCGCCUCGGUUUGAGGACUACACUGAGAUUUUCGGUGGCUUCCACUCGGUUCGAUCUCCUUCCAUUCCGGUUUUGGAUCUUCCUGUAAUUGAUGUGGAGGCAGGAUUUCAUUUUGAUAUACGGAGUCCUGAUUUCAACUAUUCGGAGAUUUUCGGAAAUUUCGGCGGUUUGGAUUUCGCAUUGUCGUAUGAGGAAUUGGUUGGACAUUCCAGCGGCGGAUAUGAUUCCUCGGAGGAUGCAUGGAGUCCAGCUCAAAGUGAGUCUUUGUCGGUUGAAUCAGACCCUUCAGCUAGUUCUGGAAAACACCGAAGCUUGUCAAAUGGAGACCAUCUCCAGUCAUUUGAUGACAUUAAGCUGUCCAAUGUUUCUUCUCACAAGUCUAACCAAAGAAGCAUGGAAAACAUAGCGACUGGAUCCACACAUGUAACUCAAUUACCUGCUAUUUCUGGAUAUGCUUACACAUUUAAUGAUAUGUCAGUUUCCCAGACGAGUGAAGAUGAGAGGUCCUCUUUAUAUGUUUCUAAUGAUCUUGACAGCAGUGUGGGUCCUGGCUGGACAAGCGCAGAAGAGAAAAUAUUCAUAAAGGGUCUGUCACACCCCUCGAAUAGUGAGACAAAACAUGAUCUGUAUGAGAAGCAAGAAAAGCCAAAAUCUACAUCGAGUAAGCCAUUUAUAACUAUAUCUGAUAUCAGCCUCAGAACUAAGCCUUCUGGACUGCCACCACCUUCAAGACCACCACCUGCCUUUGCUGUUAAAAAUGGAGAAUCUGAUGAACCAAAUGCAAAACUUAAAGCUUUUAAUGAUUCUGUCAUUGAACGAAGUGACAGUUCGUCACUGUUCUUUGAUGUGGAAGUAGAUGCAUCUUCAUCUGCUGAAGCCAUGAAAGAUGCAACAGAGAGAGCUCAAGCAAAAGAGUCGGUGGAGGGAAACGAAGGCCUCCAGAGUCAUAUUAAACUGCAUCUGGUUAAUGACACUGAAGAAGAGAGAAAAACAAGCAAGACAUUAAAUGUUACCAACAGAUUUAAGGAUGAGACGCCACAAUCAUACGCAAAAGAAGCCAAAGUACCAAAACCUUUUGUUGAAGAAAAAAGAAGUUUGACUGAGAAUAACAAGGUAAAUUUGGAUUCCAUAGAUGGGAAAAAUAAUAUUCAUUUUGUCGAAAAAUCUGUGGACACUGUUGCAUGGAGUGAAGCAACGGAUUUUUUCGAAGUUAUUGAUACAAGUCUACCCAAGAGGGCUUCUAAAAUAAAGGAUGGCAAUAUUUUGGUGCAAAAUAUGAGGUCCUGUUCAUAUAGAAAUCUAGAGAAAGAGGGCACUGAAGCACAUGACCUGACGGAAGACUGUAAAAACUUUAAAGUAGUAAAGGAAGCUCCUAAAUGGGAUGAAGAAAGCUUAGUUGAACUUUACCUAUACCUGAUUUGUGAUUGGGCAUAUAAUCAAGAAAGAUUAGUAGCAACCAAGAAGUCAAGCCAUCAGAAGCUUCAAGAGGAAGUACAAUUGGAUGAAAUGAUCUGCAAAGUUGACUUGAAUGACAGGAAAACAAAGGUGAUCCAGCAACAUGGACAAAGUGAAAAGGUAUCACCUGACCCUAAUGGAAGUGUGGACACAGAAGCUUGGUACUAUUUAAAUGAAGUGGAAGCACAACAGAAACUAAAGUCUGGCACCAAAAUAAAAGAAAGUGAGAUGAUGCGCAAAGAUGCUCAUUUGGGAGGAGAAAAGGGAAUGAUACUUGAAGAAAAUAUAGAGAGACAAGAAUGUGAGAGAAGACUUGAAGAGGCUGUUGAGCACACAGAUCCUGGAAAAAGAGCAAGAGAGAAACUAGAGCAGGAAGAAAGAGAGAAGCAACAACUGAAGGCUUGUGAAAAAAAAGAAAACAAUAAUAAAAAUAUUUUUUCUCUUGCAAGAAAAGAAAACAAAAACACACAAAAAGUGACUUUUGAGCCGAAGGGGAAUGAGAAGAUAUUGGAAGGGGCUGUUAAGCAUGAAAGGAGUGAUAGGAAAUCUAAUAUAGGUCUUGGGAGAGGAAAGAACUGUAGAGAUGAACAACUAGAUUCCAAAGCAUGGGGGGGAAAAGAAAGACUUGUAGAGUCUCGUAAGCAGGAGGAAAAUGAAAUGGAAUACAGAGGGAUUGCUCAAAGCAAAAGUAUUAACAAGGAUUGCAGGGAGGAUCAUGAAAGCAAUGAGAUUAAGGAAAGACUAAGCGAUGCAUAUAGGAUGGAAGAGUGUGAAACGGAAAACAAAGAGCUUUGUACCCAAAAAGAUGAUAAGAGAUCAUCACUGAUUUUCAAGGAGGAAGAAAUUGUGAAAAGAUCACAAACAGCUUGUGAUAUUGAAGGGAAUGAGAACUUCAGUGAGGAUGCUGGUACAUGGGAUGAAUUGAGUGGGCAGGACAUAGAAAUUGAGCUUACGGAGGUGAAUGGGCAUGAUGGGGAAGUGAGAAAUGAUCAGGAAAAGAAUGUGUUCAUGGAGGCUGGUAAUUUGGAGGCAUUUGAUGGAGGAUGUGAAUAUAAUGAAGGGACUCUACUAGAAACUCUCGUGACUGGGAAACAUGAUAGUCUUGGAGAACUGGAAGCAACUAUAACAGCCGUUGCUAGUGAAGAAAAUGAAAAGUUGGAUACUGUAUGCAAAAGCAGUGAUUCUGAAUCCAAUAAUGGAACCAAUCUUCUGUUUAAUGGAAAAUUCAACUCUUCUAGCCAGAAUGGAGAUGACUUGCAAGAUAAGAAGGGUGAAAACAACUUGGGAGAGUCAACUUGUCUACCUGAAUGCAAUACAAAUUCAAAGAAAGCUGAAGUUUGCGUGGGGAAUACGUGCUAUGUGCCAGAGAAAUCAGCCUCUGAAAUUGUUCGUAAUCAUGAAAAUGAGACCGCAGUUGCUCGUGAAGAAGAGAGUGGGAAGGGCAUCAAGGGAGUUCAAUCCAACAUCAAGAAGAACGAGACCAAUAAUAAGUCCAUAUCAGGUCACGCAGCCACAGAGUUGGUUCAAAAUGGGAAAAAAAUGGUUGGUGCUCCAUCAUUUGUGUUAGAAGAAAGAGAGAACAAGCUAAAACUGGGUCAACAAGGUCCAAGCCAUAGCACAGAAAGAAAAGAGAAGAAUUUGAAUGAGACCUUUACUACAAAAGACCGUAAAGUAGAUGGAAGAAUACAAAGGGAAAGAGAACUGGCAAAUGAACAUCUGAGAAAAUUGGAAGAAGAGAGGGAGAGAGAAAGAGAAAGAGAAAAGGACAGGAUGUCUCUGGGCAGAGCAGCCCUUGAAGCUCAUGAAAGAUCAUAUGCUGAAGCUCGUGAGAGAGCAGAAAGAGUUGCAGUGGAGAGAGCUACUGCUGAAGCAAGACAAAGAGCUAUGUCAGAGGCUCGAGAAAGAUUAGAGAGGGCUUCUAUGGAGGCUAGGCUCAGGACAGAUCGUACUCCGGUAGAGAGAGCAGCUGUAGAGGCUUGGCAACGUGCUGUUAAAAAAUCAUUGGUUGAGAAGAAUACCUUUGAGGUCCGGGAACAAGUAGAAAGAUCUGUUCUUGAUAGAUUUUCGGGUUCUUCCAGAUGUGCUGAAAUGAGGAAUACUUCUCUAUCUGAACUUCAUGACCAUCAAUUUCGAAGUACAGGAAACUCGAAUGGACUGAGAUAUGCAUAUUCUUCAGCACAUGUUGGAGCUGAAGGUGAAUCACCUCAGAGAUGUAAAGCUCGGUUAGAGAGAUACCAGAGAACAGCUGAGCGUGCAGCUAAAGCCCUAGCAGAGAAAAAUAUGCGUGAUAUUCUAGCUCAACGAGAACAACAAGAGAGGAAUAGAGUUGCGGAAACUCUGGAUGUUGAGGUCAAGCGAUGGUCAAGUGGAAAAGAAGGAAAUCUCCGUGCAUUGCUUUCGACUUUGCAAUACAUCCUUGGGCCUGAUAGUGGUUGGCAGCCAAUUCCAUUAACUGAAGUUAUAACUUCUGCAGCUGUAAAAAGAGCAUACAGGAAAGCCACUCUUUGCGUACACCCUGACAAAUUACAGCAGCGUGGUGCAACUAUUCACCAAAAGUAUAUAUGUGAGAAGGUUUUUGACCUUCUAAAGGAAGCGUGGAACAAAUUCAAUUCAGAAGAGCGGUAG